UCCAUGUCUUUACCUAAAGACUCAGCAGGGACAAACGACUACGCAGGGAAGCCAAAAUGCGCCCGGUGCCGACACCAUGGGAUUAUCGUCCCGAAGAAGGGCCACACAAAAAUCUGCCCUUUCUUGAAGUGCCAGUGCUGGAAGUGCUACCUGAUAACGGAGAGGACGAAGAUCGCCGCCCUACAGAGGGGAAUGAAAAGAGCCAUGAAAGAGACCCGGCCCGGAGCCAGAAGGGUUAAUGAGCAGGGGAACCUGGCUUUUGGGACCUUGAACCCAGAUGGGGGUGCUCCAUCCACAUCUGAACCGAUGUGCCCGCCACCCGCAGGAGGCCCGGAGAAGGGCUCACCCGCCGACCCUUGGAGUAGGCCUGAGGCGGGAGGACAGCCCGAGUACGGCUGUCGCGACAGCAGGGAUGUGCUGCCGUCGGCUGGUGAUUCACCUUUUUUCAGUGAAUUCAGGCAGAUGGCACGUCUGCCUCUUGUUCACUUUCCAGUUAGCAUGCCAGGCUAUCACGCCAGCAGCUAUCCCUCUCCAUCUCAUCAAUUCCUGCCCAACAUGUGGCUGCCCCCUGUACAUGUUGGGUACCUGUACCCUCCCCCACUACAGCCUGGCCCUCCAGCUGCUUGCAGGGGAGCCUUCUUUACCCAUCAGUCACUGCCUGAGACUUUUAAGGAAGAGCUGAUGUCACGGCAGCACCCACCACUUCCUGCACCCAGAGCCACUGAGCAGGAAGCUGCUCAGCAAGUUGAUGAGGGGAAUGAAUCAUAAAAAAAUAUGUAUAUACGUUUUCCCUGUUAUUAAGUUAUUGUGUUUCUUGUUCCCUUGUUCCAGUUCACGUUUAGGUUCUUGAAUUGUUGUUGAAUUGUUUAAAAUUUAAAGGUUACACAUCUGUUUAAUUUUCUGGAUUUUCAAAAUCAGUUGUUAAAUGUUUUAUUAGGAUUUUAUUUUAUUUUUUUAAUAUUUACUGUUGUUCAAAUUUCCAUUAAAGUAUGUGUCAACAUA